AUGGCCAGUUCCACCAUAAUGACAGGAUUUCUACUAAUUGGGUUUUCUGAUGUAUGGGAACUACAGAUUAUGCAUGCCAUAUCCUUCACUCUGUUGUAUUUGUUGACUCUCAUUGGGAAUUUUGUUAUGGUUAUUGCCACCACCAUGGACAAGAGUCUUCAUACACCCAUGUACUUUUUUCUUAGAAAUCUCUCCUUCUUGGAUGCAUGCUACAUUUCUGUAACUGUCCCUAAUUCUUGUCUUAAUUCUAUACUUGACAACAAUACCAUUCCAAAGGCAGGAUGUGUAGCUCAAAUCUUCCUAGUUAUUUUUUUUUUUGUAUAUGUGGAGCUUCUAUUCCUCACAUUCAUGGCCCAUGACCGCUAUGUGGCCAUCUGCCAGCCUCUUCACUACCUUGUGAUCAUUAAUCAUCGGGUCUGCGUGCAGAUGACACUGGCUUCCAUCCUCAGUGGUCUAAUCUAUGGAGCAUUGCACACGGGCAACACCUUUAGGCUGCCCUUUUGUCAUUCCAAUGUCAUUCAUCAGUUUUUCUGUGAUGUCCCCUCUCUACUGAAACUCUCCUGCUCUGAUACCUUCAGCAAUGAGAUAACUCUCCUGGCCUCUGCUCUGGUGUUUUGUGGAGGUUGUUUCAUCUUCAUCAUCAGGUCCUACAUUCACAUAUUUUCUACUGUGAUCAAGUUUCCAAGUGGCGCAGACAGAGCAAAGGCCUUUUCCACCUGCAUUCCUCAUAUUUUUGUGAUGUCAGUCUUCCUCAGCUCAAGUUUCUACGUGUACCUUAGGCCACCUGAUACCUCUCCAACCAUCCAUGACAUUGUCUUUUCUGUGAUUUAUUCCAUAAUUCCCCCUCUUUUCAACCCAAUUGUCUAUAGUCUUAGAAACAAGCAAAUAAAAUGUGCCAUCAGGAAAAUCUUGAAAAAAAUAUUUCAAUCAAAAUAUAUAUAG